GCGCCAACUUCCGGCGGGACACUCGGAACUCGCCGGGCCGGAAAACUCCACGUAGACCGAGGGAGCAAGCCACUCGCAGUGCAGCGUGGUGCGGAACAGGCGGUGGUGAAGUGGAUUUUCAGUGAACUGAAAAGAAGUUUCUCAGAAGAAAGGCAGACAAUUUAUGUAAGAUUGCCUGGAGAAGAAAUUCAUGAAGAAGAGAGAUGGCUUCUUUUCAGAAUCCAUUGACUUUCACGGAUGUGUCCUUUGACUUCUCCCAGGAGGAGUGGGAAUGUCUAGACUCUGCUCAGAGGGCUUUGUACAGGGAGGUGAUGUUGGAGAACUACAGCAAUCUGGUGUCCAUAGGUCUUGCUGUGUGUCAGCCUGGUCUGGUCUCCUGUCUAGAGCAAAACAAAGAGCCCUGGGAUGUGAAGAGAGGGGAGACUGUAGCCAACCAGGAUCCAUUGACUUUCCCAGAUGUGUCCUUUGACUUCUCCCAGGAGGAGUGGGAAUGCCUAGACUCUGCUCAGAGGGCUUUGUACAGUGAGGUGAUGUUGGAGAACUACAACAAUCUGGUGUCCAUAGGUCUUGCUGUGUGUCAGCCUGUUCUGGUCUCCUGUCUGGAGCAAAGCAAAGAGC